UCUCUCUCAUUUCUCCCGUAAUUUUCACAAUGGUUGUACCACCACCCAACUCCAAGUCCUCCCCCCCCCACUGCAAUCCCCACCAUCGAUCUCUCCGCCAUCACGAGCAACCGGCAAGCCCUCUCGAAGCUCAUCGUUGAGGCUUGUGAAAAAUAUGGAUUCUUCAAGCUCAUCAACCAUGGAAUCCCUCAGGAUUCUGUUUCAAGAGUUGAAGAAGAAGCCCGCUCAUUCUUCGCGAUGCCCACCGCUGAAAAGCUCGCCACCAACCCUCAAAACGCUCGUUCCAUCAACUCCACCACUCGUAUCGGCUACGGCAUCAGAAACAUCGGCUGCAGCGGUGACAUGGGAGAGAUUGAAUAUCUUCUUCUUUCUGCUCGACCUUCCUCUGUUUCUCAACUCGCUCUCUCCCUCUCCAAAAGCCCAUCAAACUUCAGUUGUGUUUUGAAUGGAUACAUAGAAGAAAUAAAAAAUGUGGCAUGUGAGGUUCUUGAUCUAGUGGCUGAGGGGUUAGGGAUUUCAGAUGCAUCCAUUUUCAGCCGUAUGAUCUUAGACGAUCAAAAUGACUCACUUUUUAGAAUCAAUCGCUACCGUCCAUUUGCUGAGGAUAUCAUCAAUCACCCACCGCCCAAUACCAUUGGCUUUAGCGAGCAUACUGACCCUCAGAUCUUGACCAUCCUAAGAUCCAACGACGUUGGUGGCUUCCACAUCUCAUUGGAUGAUGGCUCCUGGGUCCCCGUCUCUCCUGAUCCCACUGCCUACUUCAUCAUCAUUGGUGAUCUUUUUCAGGUAUUGACAAAUGGAAGGUUUGUGAACCCAAAGCAUAGGGUGGCGACAAACAUAGGGCCAAAGGCAAGAAUGUCAAUGGCAUAUUUUGCAGCACCGUCUUUAAAUGCAUUGAUCUCUCCUCUUCUAAAAGAAAUGGCCACUUCUAAUCAACCAUGCCUUUAUAGGCCUUUCACUUGGGGUGAAUAUAGGAGCCACCUUUAUUCACUCCCCUUGGCUUCUUCAAAACUCGACUCCUUCAAGAUUAAACCUAAUUAGUUGCACGUAGUUAUGUUACGUUACCUUACAUAUCAAUACAAUAAAUAAUAAAAAUCUCAUCAUAUAUAAGUAUAAUAUUCAAACAAAACACAUUUUGGUGAUGUUUUGUGUUAAUGUUCUAUCUAGCUGUUCAAUAUUUAUUUUAAUUUCGUGUAGCAUAUAAAUAUGAGAGGAACAAAAAAAAAUGUAUAUGAGUGUUUAUUAUAUGUAUUGUUUCUAUCUUUGUUUCUUU